GCAAGUAUAGAAAUAGGAACGUCGCAAAAUGAUGAUAAAGUGAAGGCACCCGUCAUCAAGAUCAUGUAAGUUGCUUUCGGGCGUCUUACGACCUGUAUCAGACAUCAUCUCGACAGAACCGCUCUGCGUUUCUUCAUUCUCUGACCAGUCGUUUCAAUCGAUCCGUCUUUUCUAUUUCCUUUCGACCUCUACAUAUUCGAGGAUGCUUCUACCACUCUGCGCAAUAACAGCCCUCCUUGCCUGCGUGCCAGGAAUCUUCGGGCUACAGGCCGCAAUUUCUGCUGAUACUCCAGUCUCGUCUUUAAUUGCUUCCGCGAAAACGCAUCUUUCGAGUGGUUCUCCGCGUGACGCAUUGGUCUACCUUGAUGCAGCGAUCUCGAGGGACCCAACAAACUAUCUUACUGUUUUUCAGCGUGGUGCCACCUAUCUAUCAUUGGGGCGCCGAUCGCAAGCCCGUGAUGAUUUUGACCGUGUCCUCCAGCUGAAGCCAAAUUUCGAGAGCGCUCUACUUCAAAGAGCUCGUCUCAAGUCGAAUGUUGCCGACUGGUCGGGCGCUUUAGAUGAUCUUGAGAAGGCUGGGAAGAAACACUCGCCUGAAUAUAAAGAGCUAGAGAGCGCGCGGGGCGCUGCCACCCGGGCAUUGGAUGCAGAGAAGAAUGGCGCCUGGGAAACCUGCCUAAUUGAGGCGAACACCGCUAUGACGAAGGCCAGCGCGUCUCUCAACCUGCGCCGAAGUCGGGCACAUUGUCGCUUUGAGAAAGGCGAGCUAGAGGAAGGAAUUAGCGACCUUGUGCAUACAUUGCAAAUCUCGCCAGGCUUAAUAGACCCGCACUUGCAGAUCUCCUCUAUGCUUUUCUAUACCCUCAAUGACAGUGAUCGAGGACUUUCACAGAUACGCAAAUGCUUGCAUUCGGAUCCGGAUUCAAAACCGUGCAACAAACUCUACCGGAGGGAAAAGCAGCUAGAUAAGCGGGUUCGAAAGCUACAAGAUUCUGUAGCCGCACGAAAAUUUAAUAAUGUUCUGAACCUCCUAGUCGGUGUCGACGGGGAGCCUGGGCUUAUUGAAGAUGUUAAGGGCGAUGUAAAACAGGCCAGAGAAACAGGCCACAUAUUUUCUGAAUCCCAGGGUCUCCUCUAUGCGACGUUGAUUGAACGGGCCUGCGAGGCGUACAACGAGGUACAUAUGCCGAAACGCGCAUCUACUUUCUGCGCCGAGUCUCUUGGGUUGGAUCCCCAUUCUUUGCCGGCACUCUUAUUCAAUGCCCAGGCUGCUCUAGACGAGGAUAGAUUCGAUGACGCGAUACGUGCGCUUAACACGGCCAAAGAACAUCACCCCCAAUCAAAGGAAGCUCAGAAUCUCUUUCAGAAAGCCACGAUUUUACAGAAGCGCUCUAAACAGAAGGAUUAUUACAAGGUCCUUGGUGUUGGCAGGGAUGCUGAUGAGAGGGCGAUCAAGCGAGCUUACCGAGAACUAGUGAAACAGCAUCACCCUGAUAAGGCCUUGGCCCAGGGUGUUACGAAGGAGGCAGCUGAGAAAAAGAUGGCCGGCAUUAACGAGGCUUAUGAAGUCCUUUCCGACGCCGAAACCAGGGCACAGUAUGAUAAUGGCGUUGAUCCCAAUGACCCAGAGUCACCAAGGCAGCAUCCUUUCCAGGGCAACCCUUUCGGUGGCGGUCAACAAUUCUUCUUCCAGCAGGGCGGUGGUCCGCAAUUUAAAUUCUCUUCAGGGCAAGGAUUUAACUUCCCUGGCGGUUUCCCGUUCUAGGACUAUAAUUCGGAUAUCAAAUUUCACCCAUUGUUCUUAUUCUUCCGUCUUUAUAGAACCUUGUCUUAUUCUAGCUCACUGGGCCCGUUAUGCAUUAGCAUUUCAUGAGUACCUUAUUUUGGUGCUGCGUCUCCAACGCUGCAUCUGGCGUGAAUCAGCGAAAUAAACAGUCUUGCAUGUUGUGUUUCCAAUUUCUAGGCGGAAUGCCUCACUUGCAUAUUUAAAUAAGAAACAAUAAGAGCGAGAUAAAGAAUUAAUGGAAAAAGAAAACGAGACUUGGCAUGACCACAGCUCAAGUCUGAUUAUUUUGGUGGAUCAGUCAGAGGCACGUAGCUAACUUGGAAUACCUUCUCCUUGUGAAUGGAUCCAUCCUCUUUUUU